AAUGUUACAGUCUGCAUGACUGCAAAUGACUCAAACUGUGUUCAGCUAUUUGAAGGGCUGGGGGCCUUGGCAGCUGUCCCAUUUCGAUGUUUUCUGGAGAUUGAGUGUUCACAGCUGAAGGAGCCCCAGGGUUUCUGGGUGGCCAGGUCCUGCCCAUGGUGGGAGAGAGAGAGCUUGAGGCCAGAGGCGGGACUCCAGAGCCCCGCCCCCAGCCCUCCCGGCAGCCUGCCUCCCGAGGCUCCUGCUGGGUCAGCCUCUUUGUCGGCAGAAGCGCGAGUGUGGACGCUGUGGAUGGAUCCGAGUUUCUUCAGCGUGGGCAUGUGGUCCAUUGGCGCGGGGGCCUUGGGGGCGGCUGCCUUGGCCCUGCUCCUGGCCAACACAGACGUGUUUCUGUCUAAGUCCCAGAAGGCGACGCUGGAGUAUCUGGAAGACAUAGACCUGAAAACCCUGGAGAAGGAACCAAGGACUUUCAAAGCAAAGGAGCUCUGGGAAAAGAAUGGAGCUGUGAUUAUGGCUGUGCGCAGGCCCGGCUGUUUCCUCUGUCGAGAGGAGGCUGCGGACCUGUCUUCCCUGAAGCCCAAGUUGGAUGAGCUGGGAGUCCCCCUGUACGCUGUGGUGAAGGAGCAGAUCAGGACUGAAGUGCAGGACUUCCAGCCGUAUUUCAAAGGGGAGAUCUUCCUGGAUGAAAAGAAAAAGUUCUACGGUCCCCAAAGGCGGAAGAUGAUGUUUAUGGGAUUUGUCCGCCUGGGUGUGUGGUACAACUUCUUCCGGGCCCGGAACGGAGGCUUUUCUGGAAACCUGGAAGGGGAAGGCUUCAUCCUCGGGGGAGUGUUUGUGGUGGGACCAGGAAAACAGGGCAUUCUGCUCGAGCAUCGAGAGAAGGAAUUUGGAGACAAAGUGAACCCAGUGUCUGUUCUGGAAGCUGCUAGGAAGAUCCAAACCCAGACUUCCGCCGCAGAGACAAAGUGAUUGUGUGAAACCGCCCCGCUCAGGGAUAACCAGGGGCACUCACCUGUUUCCUGGGACAUGUUGUGUCUCCACUCAUGUCCCCAGAGAGUUAGAAACCUGCUCAUGCCAUCGUGUCAGUAGAGAUCAUUCACGUAUUAAUACUGUGCUCUCUUUAGGCCCAAUGAGGCAAAAUUAUUGAGAAGAAUCUAAGAAACCAGUGAGGGUAGUUUCAGUUAAAACCUGGAAAAUAGGAGGCUUAGCCUUGUCAUGACAGCUGCGCCUCCCUACAACGUACAUGGUGUGUGAGUGCCACUAUUUGAAAUGGCUUUUAUUUUCAUGUCUUCAAAAAUCUUAGAAGAGGUGAUGGACUUGAAGAUUCAGGAUAUGAAGGUCAGGGGCUUGUGUUGUCUACUGACCCGUUCUACAACGUUAAAGUAAUAUUCUUGCAGAGGAUUGGCGGGCUCCUGAUGGCUUACUAAAAGUAAAUUAUAAAGUGAAAUCUGUUUUUUUUUUUUUAAAUCUUCCAUUCUAACCUCAGAAGUUUGUGUGUCUAGAAGAAGUGAUCAUCUCUGGCUCUAAUAAAAUGUCCCAUAAACUGCCUGUAAUUCAAGUUUUUCUGAUAAAACUUAACAAUAAAAAUAUUUACUGUAA